GCGUUUCAAAGCUUUGUAUAAAGCCUAACCACCGAACAGGUUGAAGGUUUAGUUCGUGCUCCACAACCGAACUGAUCGGUGUCUGUGGCGUGACGCAUCUCUGCUUGGGUGACUUUUUUACAAAGCAGUUAUUGUGAUAAGAGUACUCGGAAGGAACGCGCAUUGUUGUUGGUGCUGGAUUAAAAUUCGAAGAGGUUACCCGUUUGUAUCGUGUUUAAAUCACCUUGGUCGCAAAUAUCAUGCGACCUUCAACGAAGGAUCCGGCAAGGAUCCUGUGGACCUCGUUAACGUCCUCGUCGGUGCUGCUAGUGUGUCUGGUGCUGAGUGCAGUGUUCGUAACCGGUUCGCAGGGUGAUGGUCACUAUUCGAUCGUUGGAGCCAAGCUGUUGCGACCGAACUCGGAAUAUCAUGUAGCGGUAACGAAUCAGGAUGUGAGUGAACCGAUCCGAUUCAGUCUCGCCAUUACGGAUGCUAGCACCGUGAUCGAAAAGCAGGAGAUAACACUUAAUACCGGUGAAACACGGCUGGUACCGUUUGCGAUUGGUGAUAUCCCCCAAUCGUCCUACAAACUGGUGGCCGAAGGGUUAUCAGGUCUAACCUUCAAGAACGAAACCGAGUUAGAGUAUCAGCAGAAGAGCUUCUCGGUGUUUGUGCAAACGGACAAAUCCAUCUACAAGCCCGGUGAUACUGUUCGUUUCCGUGUGCUGGUUCUUGACCCAAACACGAAACCGCUCCAGAAGGCAGACAACAUCAGUGUGCACAUUAACGAUGCAAAGGCGAACCGCAUCAAACAGUGGAAGGAAGGAAAGCUGGUAAAGGGAGUGUUCGAAUCGGAGCUGACCCUCUCAACUGCACCCGUACUGGGUGCGUGGAGCAUCAACGUAAACGUGUUGGGAACGAAACACAACAAAGUGUUCGAGGUGGAUGAGUAUGUGUUGCCGAAAUUUGAGGUAACGGUAGAAUCGCCCGGCAUAACGACUUUCAAAGACGGCAAGGUGAAGGCUAUCAUACGCUCCAAGUACACCUACGGCAAACCGGUGAAGGGUGAAGCAACCGUAUCUGCCAGUCCCGAGUUCGGUUUUCACUAUGUGCAACCGUUCGCCAAGGAUGUGAUUACCCGCAAGGUAGUUCCGAUCGAUGGCAAGGGUUCGGUAGAGUUUGACUUACGGGAAGAACUACGACUGGAAGGUGAUUACACGCGUAACAUCGUUAUUGAGGCGGUUGUCGAAGAGGAGCUAACUGGACGGAAACAGAACGCUUCCGCUAAGGUGAUGAUUUACGAUCGACGGGUGAAGAUGGAGCUGGUAAAAUCGGAUGAUAACUUUAAGCCCGGACUACCCUACACCACCUGGUUGAAGGUGACGCAUCAGGAUGGAACACCGGUACAGGAUCAAGUUAAUCCGGUCGAAGUGAAACAAUCUACCUACGAAAGUUCGCAGUUCGUGAGAAACUACACGUUGGAUCAGAACGGUAUGGCGAAGCUAGAUAUCAAUACCGAUGUGAACAGCACGUACAUCAACGUGGUUGGCGUGUAUCUGGGCCAAGAGUUCUAUCUGAGUGGCAUCUCUAAGGCCGAUUCGGAUGUUGACUCUUAUAUCCGUGCACGAGUUGUAACCGAGAUGCCGCUCGUCGGUAAGGAUGUUUUGGUGGAGGUGGCCGCCACUACGCCGAUGAAGUUCUUCACUUAUCAACUGCUGGGUCGGGGCGAUGUACUGCUCAGUAAUACGGUAGCGGUACCGGAAUCCAAAACCCACUCGUUCAAGUUCCCUGCCACGUUCGCCAUGGUGCCGAGGGCGAAGUUGGUCGUGUACUAUAUCGCCGCCAAUGGUGAUAUGGUGAGCGAUAGUAAGGUGAUCACGUUCGACAGUGAGCUGCAGAACUUUAUGAAGGUAAGCCUCUCGAAGGAUCAGACGAAACCGGGCCAGGAUGUGGAGAUUAGUAUCAGCACCAAUCCCGAUUCGUACGUUGGAUUGUUGGGAGUCGAUCAGAGUGUACUGUUGCUGAAGAGCGGUAACGACAUCACAAAGGAUCAGGUGUUUAGCGAGCUGGAAAAGUACGAAGAACGAUCGUACGAAUAUUAUCGCAGAAAGAAGCGUUUCGCAUGGAAUCCGCAUGUCGAACAUCGUGACUUUAAUACUGUCGGUGCAUUCGUCCUAUCCAACGCCAAUGAUCCUCCACCGAAUAACACAUUGCCUGAGGUACCGAUUUAUAAGUUUCACCGCGCCCCGAACGGUACCGUGCUGUACACAUCGAUCGAAAAGCCACGAUCGAUACUGCAGAAGCAACGACACGUGCUGAAAACCAAUACGCGGCCACCGUUGGCCGGUCCUUUCGCGUUCAGCCGCAUACCUCGGCCACAUCGUGACAUACCGCGCAUAUUCCUGUCGCAGGAAAUUCAAAACACUUGGCUUUUUGACAAUGCCUACUCCGGCUUCAGCGGAGAAAAGACACUCCAGAAGAAGGUUCCCGAUACGAUAACGUCGUGGAUCAUCACUGGUUUCUCGGUGAACCCGGUGUACGGGCUCGGUCUAACGCAGCAACCACGCAAACUGAAAGUAUUCUUGCCAUUCUUCGUCUCGACCAAUCUCCCGUAUUCGGUAAAGCGUGGCGAAGUGGUCGCCAUUCCGAUCGUUGUAUUCAACUACAUGGAGGAAGAUCAGACGGCGGAAGUCAUUUUGCAUAACGACGAGCAAGAGUUUGAGUUUGCCGAUGUUGAGAAUGAAGUUGUUGAGUCUUCCAAAGUGGAACUGUUCCGCCAAAAGCGUCUGGACAUUGCAUCGAACACGGGCAAAUCGGUUUCCUUCAUGGUGAAACCGAAAAAACUAGGACACAUCACGAUCAAGGUGACGGCUAAAACGAAGAUAGCAGGUGACGCCGUUGAGCGCCAGUUGCUGGUUGAACCGGAGGGAUUGCCACAGUUCAUCAACAAAGCUACCUUUGUUGAUUUGCGUGCAGUGCCGGAAGUGACGAAGACGUUCGAGGUGGAGAUUCCGAAGAAUGCUGUACCGGACUCGACCCGUAUUGAGGUGGCGGUAAUUGGUGAUGUCAUGGGUUCGACCAUCCAGAAUCUGGAUUCGCUCAUCCGAAUGCCGUACGGGUGCGGUGAGCAGAACAUGCUCAACUUUGUGCCAAACAUUGUCGUACUGGAUUACCUGAAGGCCACCAACAAACUGACGGCAAACAUCGAAGCUAAGGCGAAGAAGUUCAUGGAGGCAGGCUAUCAGCGCGAGUUAAGCUACAAACAUCAGGAUGGAUCGUUCAGCGCCUUUGGAGAGAAUGAUAAGAGUGGUAGCACAUGGUUGACGGCUUUCGUAGCCAGAUCGUUCAAGCAGGCGGCCAACCACAUCACCAUCGAUGAGAGUGUGAUCGAUAAAUCGCUGGAGUGGUUGAGUGAUCAUCAAGCACCGAACGGUAGCUUCCCGGAGGUGGGUGUCGUUUCGCACAAGGAUAUGCAGGGCGGAUCCGGUUCGGGUGUUGCACUUACGGCGUACACGCUUAUUGCAUUCCUGGAAAAUAUCAAUCUGGUGGAUAAGUACAAAAACACGAUCAACAAGGCGAUCGACUAUGUGUACCGCAACACAGAAUCAUUGGACGAUACGUACGCACUAGCGUUGGCAGCUUACGCACUGCAGUUGGCCGACCACUCGUCGAAGGGUUUGAUUCUGAGCAAGUUGGACACGAAGGCGACCACCGACAGUGACUCGAAAUGGUGGCACAAACCGAUCCCAGAGUCUGAAGAGAAGAACCCAUGGCGCAGUAGACCCAACUCAGUGAACGUUGAAAUGACUGCGUACGGCAUGUUGGCUCUCUUGGAGGCCGGUCUCGAUACGGAUGCGCUCCCGAUUAUGAAAUGGCUAAUUGGGCAGCGUAACGAUAAGGGUGGAUUCCAGUCCACACAGGACACGGUCGUGGGACUUCAGGCACUCGCAAAGCUGGCAGCUAAAAUCACUUCAUCCAAUAACGAUGUCACGAUCACGGCAAAGAUUAACGAGAAUCAGGAGAAGCGCAUGACGGUCAAUGAAGAGAAUGGUAUGAUCCUGCAGAAGUUUGAGCUACCAUCGGCUGCACGCAACAUCGAGAUCAAGGCCACGGGUAGUGGAUUCGCGGUCGUACAGCUGUCGUACAAAUACAACAUGAACGUGACAGGCGAAUGGCCACGGUUUGUGCUUGAUCCGCAGGUAAAUGCUAACACCAACCAGGAUCACCUACAUCUGUCCGUAUGUGCGAGCUUCGUACCAUCCGCUGGACAGAAUGUUUCCAAUAUGGCCGUCAUGGAGGUGGGCUUCCCGAGUGGCUUCACAGCUGAUUCCGAUACGCUACCAUCGCUGGAAAAUAUGCCUUUCAUUAAGAAAGUGGAAACUAAAGAUGGCGACACGACGGUCGUGCUGUACUUCGAUAGUUUGGAUCAGCGGGAACUCUGCCCAACAAUAUCUGCCUUCCGUACGCACAAGGUCGCCAAGCAGAAGCCAGCGCCAGUUGUAAUCUACGAUUACUACGAUAACUCUCGUAUCGCGCGUCAAUUUUAUGACGGACCGAAAGCUACCAUGUGUGACAUAUGUGAGAUGGAGGACUGCGGUGAGGCGUGCACCAUCCGGUCCCAGAAGCAACGGUCAUCGGACAGUCCCAACAGCAGCCUGCCAGACUUUGGAGGGGUUGAACGGAGCAGCAGCCAAACACUGCGCGUUGGUGUUUUCACGUUCCUGUUCACAACCAUGCUGGUGACCAUGUUUCACUAACGGAGUGUUGCGAUAAGAAGAACUAAAAACAAGAAUUCUCUUUCGGGGUAGCGAUUGGGUUAUUGUUACCAACGGGUACAAAAAGAUGGCACUGUACGUUUCUCUUUACUUCAGCAUUAUGCUAAGGAGAUGGAAACGUAAGCGGAAUGGGAAGGGUGGUACUUGGAAAGGAUAAUGUUGAUAAGAAAUAAAUGAAAGAUGUCUCACUAAA